CAGCAAGCCGUGGAGAAGUAGAAUGCUUAGAGAAAGAUAAGACAAAAGUUAGAGAAAAAUAUAAAGAGUGGUUUUGUUUUGUGGCUGAGAGUUGAGAGUUAUGAGAAGCGGCCGGAGAAAAUGGUGGCUGUGGCUGUCGCUGCUCGCGUUUCUGUGGGUGCUGCUUUGCAAUUGCAAUUGCGUCGGCGCCGGCGCCGGCGGGGAGGCCGUGAUUGUGAAAGUGGGUGUGGUGCUUGAUCUGAAUUCCACCGUGGGACAAAUGUCGAAAACCGCCAUCCAAUUGGCCCUCUCCGAUUUCUAUACUGCAAAUCCUAAAUAUAAAACCAGGCUCUCCCUCCUUUUCAAGGACGCCGGAGAUGUCGUCGAAGCUGCAUCUGCAGGCAUGGAGUUAUUAGGAGAUGAUCAAGUAGAGGCCAUAAUCGGACCUCAGACUUCGGAGCAAGCGGCGUUCAUGGCAGAGUUUGGAAAGAAAUACGAAAUUCCGGUGAUGUCCUUCAGCGCAACAAGCCCCUCCCUGAGUCCGAGUCCAUAUUUCACGAGGCCAGCCCAAAGCGACUCGGCGCAGGUGGAGGCCAUCAACGCCGUUAUUCAAACCUACGGGUGGCGAGAGAUUGUUCCAAUUUAUGAAGACGCUCAAUUUGGACAUGGCAUCAUCCCGUAUCUGGCCGACGCCCUGCAACUAAAGGGCACCCGAUUCGGCUGCAGAGUCAUCAUCCCCACCUCCGCCACUGACCCCGAAAUCUCCAGGCAGCUCCGGAGGGUGAGGGACAUGCGGAAGAGGAUAUUCCUUCUCCACGUGACCGCUCCUGUUGGGUCGAAGGUGUUCACUGUGGCCCAGACGGAGGGAAUGAUGGGCCAAGGGUACGCCUGGAUUGUCACCGAUGCCCUUUCCUCUAUGCUUGAUCCAACAACCGACUCUCAGGCUCUGGAUUCGAUGCAAGGGAUCGUGGGUGUAAGGCCGCGCAUGCCCCACACCGAGAAGCUCCAACAUUUUCAAACCAGGUUCAAUAAACUUCUUCCACUUUCUUCAGGUGUGCACAAUAAUCCAUCCGUCAAUGUUUUUGCAGUGUGGGCGUACGAUACGGUGUGGGCGUUGGGCAUGGCAGUGGAGAAAGUGAAAUCCAAUGGGAAAAGGCUUGCGGAUGCAGUUGCGAACACAAGAUUUGAAGGGAUUAGUGGAGAUUUCCAUUUGGUUAAGGGAGAGUUGAAGAGGAAGGGAGCAAGUUUUGAAGUGUUCAAUGUGGUGGGUGAGAAGGAGAGGAUCAUCGGGUACUGGAACCCGACCCACAACGAGGAUGAACAAGAAGGAGUAGUGAUGACGACGAUGAAGCAACCCAUCUGGCCGGGAGACGUAAAUAAAACGCCUCCCAUGAAUUUAACAAUUGGGAUUCCAGUGAAACCGGGCUUCACGGAGUUCAUACAAGUGGACAAGCAGGACCCUAAAAAAUCGUCCGGAUUCUGCAUCGAUGUGUUCAAGAGUGCGAUUGAAGUAUUACAUCUUCCCAUAGAUUACAGGUUCGUCCCUUUUGCGAAUGAAAGUGGGGAGAGUAAUGGGACCUACGACGAGCUUCUGCUUCAGAUUGGGGAUCACAAAAUGGAUGCAGUGGUUGGAGACAUCACCAUAAUAGCGAAUCGGUCGGAGUUCGUGGACUUCACGUUGCCUUAUUCAGAAUCGGGGGUGUCGAUGUUGGUUUCCAUGACAAGUGAUAGGAAGAAGAACAUGUGGAUAUUCUUGAGGCCAUUCAAAUGGGAUUUGUGGCUUCUUUCCUUCGUCUCCUUCGUAUUUACAGGCUCUGUGGUUUGGUUACUGGAAUGCAGUGUCAACACUGACUUUGGAACAGGGCCUCCACAGCAACAAAUUGGCUUCAUCUUCUGGUUCAGCUUCUCCACUCUCGUCUUUGCUCACAGGGAAAGAAUAUUGAACAAUUUAUCGAGAUUUUUGCUGAUCAUAUGGGUUUUCGUGGUACUAAUCCUGACCCAAAGUUACACCGCAAACUUAUCAUCCAUGUUGACUGCGCAAAGGCUGAAACCUUUGUUUGCUGAUGCGAAUGAGAUCAGAGAGAAGGGUUACUUCGUGGGUUUUCAGAACGGUUCCUUUGUAAAAGAACUUCUAAUAACUCAGUUAGGGUUUAACGAAACCAAGUUGAGAUCCUACAGAAGCCCAGAUGAAUUUGAGCAUGCCCUGACCAGCGGAACAGAUAAUGGUGGAGUCGCUGCCAUUUUUGACGAAAUUCCUUACAUCAAGGUCUUCCUUUCCAAGUAUCGUUCUGGCUUUCAGAUGGUCGGUCCCAUUUACAGAACCGGUGGAUUUGGCUUCGCUUUCCCAAAAGGAUCCCCUCUGGUGCCUUACUUUUCAAAGGCAAUACUGGAUGUGACCGAAGAUCAAAACAAAAUGACCCCAAUUGAGCAGAAAUACUUCUCGAAUCGAAAUGUUCAAAUCGCAGAUCCCGACGAUUCAAGAUUGGAUGCUUACAGUUUUUGUGGCUUAUUCAGCAUAACCGCAGUUGCCACUUUCUCAUCGUUGUUUAUAUACUUGACCCAGUUCUUCCACUCGCAUUGGCCGGACUCCAGCACCGUCCACUCUGAUUCUCCACUCACCGCCAAAAUGGUUGAAAUGGGCAAGCUUUUUUAUGACAAACAUUUCCGCUCAUCUUCUCUGCAAACAAGCGAUUCCAGAGUCCACCCUGAAAUUACAGAAACUACUACGCCGCAAACGGACCCCGACCACAGCAAUUCCACUGAACAGCCACAGAAUUUGAGCGUAGUAAAUGAAGACCAAACCCUCGCGAGGGAGCAUAAUACCCAAUUCAUCGCUACCAAUUAGCUCAGUGCUUUCUUUUCUACAUUUCAUUCACAGUUUUUUCCCCUUGAUGUAGUGAAUUAGUAGCAAUCGGUUUUAGUGUAAUUGAAUAAUUUAGGCUUUUGUUGAUAAUGAAUAUUUUGAACAUAUAUAUAUA